AUUUGCAUGGCCCCGCCCCCCGUGACACGGCUGGCGCGGGCGGGCCCGUCCCCCCUGCCCCUGGGUCGCUCUUUUUAAGCUCCCCUGAGCCGGGGCUGCGCUCCUCUAAUUGGGACUCCGAGCCGGGGCUAUUUCUGGCGCUGGCGCUUCUCCAAGAAGGCAUCCGCAUUCGCGAGCAGCGGCGGCGGUGGCGGCGCAGCCAGGCCGGUCCCCAGCGCCCAGCACCGUCGCUCCCGGCAGCCCCGCGCGCGCAUUGCAGGCCGGCGGCCGAGCUCGCGCAUCCCAGCAGGCGUUUCAGCUGCCCUAGAGAAGGAAGAUGAGUGAGUCCAGCUCAAAGUCCAGCCAGCCCCUGGCUUCCAAGCAGGAGAAGGACGGCACUGAGAAGCGAGGCCGGGGGAGGCCGCGCAAGCAGCCGCCGGUGAGUCCCGGGACGGCGCUGGUAGGGAGCCAGAAGGAGCCCAGUGAAGUGCCAACACCUAAGAGACCUCGGGGCCGACCAAAGGGGAGCAAAAACAAGGGUGCUGCCAAGAUCCGGAAAACCACCACGGCUCCAGGAAGGAAACCACGGGGCAGGCCCAAAAAACUGGAGAAGGUGGAGGAGGAGGAGGGCAUCUCGCAGGAGUCCUCGGAGGAGGAACAGUGACCCCACGGCUGGCCGCCCGCCUCCUAGGACUGGACAGCUCAGCCCGCUCCCCCGCCCCACCCCAGGCCUGCACCCUGCCCCUCCCGCACACUACAUAGCACACCAGCCUGCGGGGCGCAGCCCUGCCUGCUGCCCGAGCACUCGCCAUUCCGCUCCUGGACAAGGCUAACCCGCAUAGCCGCACCCUGCCUCCCCACACCUGCCCGUUGGGGUCCCUGCUCUGGGCUCUUCCUUUAGGGGCCUCAUCUGUUCCUCACCGCUCCCUCUGGCUUCCCCUCCGUGGGCCCAGGAGGGCUCCCCUGGCCUUAAGGGGCCCUAGCCCCGUCUCACUCUGACGUGCCCCAUCCAUCCCACUGUGCUGGCAGCAGCCCUGAGGCCAGUGGGGGGGUCUUGGCCCCCCAAAUGCCCCAGCCAGUUUCACCCACUAGGGCUCACCCAGCUGGUCUCUCUCCGGCCUUCCUAGUCCAGGUUGGACACACCCCUGGGGUACAGGAAGGAGCCGGAGGCCCAGUCCUCUGUGUCACACCCAAGAGCGCAGCUGGCAGCCUCACCUGCUGCCCAGGUGAGGCCCAGGUGCCCUGUGGCAGCCGCCUAAGCCAGGCUUUCGCCCACCUUCCUGCUUCCACUGCUGUGGCUGCUGACCCCAUGGGGUGCUGAUCCGGGGACCCCACCCUGCCACCCCAUCCCGUCCUCCCACCCCCAAGGUUCUGGUUCCAUCUUUUCCUCUGUUCACAAACUACCUCUGGACAGUUGUGUUGGUUUUUGUUCAAUGUUUCAUUCUUAGACAUUUGUCAUUGCUGCUGCCACCAGCGCCAGAUGUUCAUCCUCAUUGCCUCCCGUUCUGCCCUGUUCCCUCCCCAAGACACGGGGACGGGGCUGGGGCACCCAGGCGGGGUGCAGAGCACUCCAGUCCCAGGGAAGGUGGGGCCCUGCCCCUAGGAUGCUGCCGCAGAGUGAGGAGGGGCCGUGUUGAUCGAGGAAGGGUGUGGGGGUCACCAGCUCCCCUGUUCUGUUGGGGAAGGUGGCCAUUUGUCCAGCCUGGGGCUCCCCCUCUGGUUUCCUAUUUGCAGUUACUUGAAUAAAAAAAUAUCCUUUUCUGGA